UCCCUUGCACGACGUUCUAAACUUAUCUCUUGUUAUCCUUCAAACUUUGGCAGUCUUGCUACUCGUAUGUCUAGUUCGAACGGGAACAGGUUAACCCGUAAACAUUUGGAAGUCAUCGCCGUAGUAACGGUGACGUUGGUAGAUGGAUCAGCCAAUACAACGCGUCCAAGCCACGUCAGGGUUUAUUUGCGAUCCACUUACGAGGCUCAUAUGAUACGGCGGUGCUUUGGCUGAUUUGUUCACUCGAACUUGGCGAAACGUUUGGACCUAUGUCAGAUUUGGAAAUUUUAUUGCGAGGUUGAUACCGAACUCGAAGACGAAGCAAGCAAGAUGGCGAUUAUGACCAGAUGUUGCUGUUGUGAUGUCAGAAUCGGAUCCAUCGUAGUUGCAAUCUGGGUUGCGAUUUCGUCCGGAGGUAGCCUCAUCCAGAGCGCAUGCGGACUGGCAGGUUAUUCCUCGUACAGUGACAACUCUGCUUUGCUGUCAGCUGCGUGGGGGGCGUCGGUUGGGAUCAAUUCCUUGAUGACCAUUGCGGCUAUUUGCUUGUUUAUUGGUGUGCUCAAGGACACCAAAUCGCUGCUCAUUCCCUAUAUGAUCGGUGAGUGCCUCUACAUGGUUGCGUAUGUGGCACUGGAGAUAGCUGUUAUUGUUGUCUUAGUGAAUGGAAACUACAUAUAUUUCGAUUUCCUCAACUUGCCUAACCUCGACGAGGUGGAGCUCAUUGCCCUGAGAUGGGCUUUAAUCGGCAUUGCGGUGGGCAUUCCAAUCGCUUUGGCGAUCGAUAUUCUGUGUCUCCUCUGUGUCAUCUCGCAAUACCAGGAACUCAGAGAUGGGCGCGGUCGAGGGGUUCCAACCGCUCCAUCAACACUCAUAAUCCAGCAAGGAUAUAGCACUGGUUUCGCGCCAGUAACUUACGACCCUAAGCCGACUGUUCAAGUCCCAAUACAACAGUACUACGAGUGUUGAAGUUGGCUGGCAGACCACGUGCAUAGCCCCGCACCAACGUGGAAAGCUUGGCUCCUUUGCGAAUCAUCCGUUUUGAAUCGAUCCCAGGUUUUUUGGCUGAAAGUAUCGAAGGAAUCUCAUGGGAUCACUGAAGAGUUGCAAAGAUUUAACUGGAAUCAACCAAUUCAAGCGAGAUCAAGAUUAAAUCUGCCCGCAUGGAAGGGAAAGUGUGUAAGACGAUCAUUUGUUAAAUCGUUGAAAUUUCGACCAAUCUACAAAUUCCACUGUUGGCCCUUCUCUAAAGUUUAUGCAAGGGGAACUAUGGCAUAGAACUUACCUAAACAAGUAACCGAGAGAUGACUUCUGUGUAAACCCAAAUGUUAUCACCAACAUAUUUUUGAAGGUGUUUAAGUUGCAUAAUUUCUCCUUUGAGUUGUCUGUACAUGUAAAUCCUAAGAUUAGAAUUAAAACAUUAUAUUUGAAUAUAUUCCAGUGUAGCCAGCACCUGAAAUAUUUUGUAAAUAGUUUGAAAUCAUCUCCUUUCUGUACAUAAUUUGAAAUCUUGCAAGUAGUCAUCAAGCAGCGAAAUGAAGCGGUAAAAUGAGGUCGAAAUAAUUUGAAACAUAGCCUUUGUAAAUUAUAAUUACAUUUAUACAUUGAUAAACAACAGUUUAAAUUGUUGUCAUGUUGAAACUUUGAUUUUAAGUUGGUAGAGUAAUGUGUUAUUUUAAAGCUUGAUUUUCGGGACUAUAUUAUUUUAGUGUACUCUGGACUUUACUCAUUUAUCUAUCUCAAGUGGCUCAUGGGAAACAUUUGAACAAUCAUCCAUUUGGGAAUAAAACGUAUUUUCUCUUGGAAUUUGGAACCCAUUCUGGUAGUGGCGGAGCGUUUGCAGUGAUCUCAUAAAUUUUCAUUUGGAAUAAAAAAGAAAAAUCCUCUCCAUUUCUUGAAG